CAGGGGCAAGUAACUCGUGGGUCACCUGCUUUUGAGGGAUACCAUCUAGUCAUAACCGUACUAUUUUACCUUUAAAACUUGAGUCAAUAAAACCAGUUUACGACUGCCGAAUGUUGCAAUACGCAUUAGUUUGAUACUGAGUGGAGUCGGAAACUCUCUCCUCCUCCUGAGAGAUGACGGGAAGAACCGAUGCUGACAUGUCUCUCACGUUAUUGGUGAUGAUGUUAUCCUUGAGCCUAAAUCUACGAUAUACAGUUUCAGGAAGGAACUACUUAUAUGUGGACCGGAACAGAUCUUGGAGUGAGGCAAUAGAAUUCUGCAGGCAGGAGGAAGCUUUUUUGUCGACUUUAAACCAAGAAGUUGUUGGGUCCGCCCUUCAGACCUGUUUACCUGGAAAUUCCACAGAUUUGUGGACGAAUACCUAUAGUAUAGCUACACCAUAUUUAUUAAUUCAUGGAUGCGUUGGAGAGCUGGAUAAUAUGACAUUCCAUACAUUGAACAGUUCUUCUGUAUUCGAAUGCCAGACCAUGUGCAGUAAUUACUCUAGAUUUGCAAUAAAGAGUAACGAUUGCGCAUGUCUUCACGGAAAUGAAAGUCUUGGCGUACAGAAGGACGCGUCUCUAUGUAAUGUAAUCUGUGAAGAACAAAUAUUUUGUGGAGGGAUUGACACCGUGAAUAUAUAUGAUGUGGGUGGUUUCCUGUCCUGCUCGUUUGAGCCUGAGGACACCUGCUUUCUGAUCCAGGAUACACACGAUGACUUUGACUGGGAAGUAAAAACUGCUAUCACAGGGGACGAUUCAGUACAGGCAUAUGAGGGAUCGUAUUUUGCAUAUACUGAUGGGAGCCAGUCCAGUUCUGGGCACCGUGCUGUUUUGUACUUCAAUGUUGAACCGGAAGAUUAUAAUUGGUGCUUGCGUUUCCGAUAUUACAUCAACAGCGAAUAUACAACAUUAGAUGUCAUCAUCUAUAGUACCCUCGAAAAUGUAACACACACAUUAGAAAAGUCGUUACAGGAAGAAUGGAAGUAUAAAGAAUGUGACAUCAAGGGAGAAGAUUUCAGAGUUGCUUUUCUAGUGGAGCUAGCCAACGAGAUGUCCAUGAUCGCUCUUGAUGAUGUAACGAUGGUAGUUGGACGUUGUGCAAAAACGAGCACAGCGUUGUUAAACAUGAAAGGGGGACUGAAUUGUAAUUUUGAAGGGAAUGUUGAUAUAUGUUUUGACCAAGACAAAUCUGACGACUUUGACUGGACCAUCAAGAAAGGAAAAACGCCUUCAUGGUCUACGGGACCGAGCAAAAGCAUAGAGGGGAACUACUACAGUUACAUAGAGGUGAAUGGUUUAAAAAAUGGCGCCAAAGCUGUCUUGAUGUCGAAGUUUGAAAUCAAUGAUGCCCUUGUUAACUUUAGUAUGCAGUAUAACAUGUACGGCAGCCAUACAGGGAGUCUGAAAGUGUUCUACAAAGACAUUAGUGGGAAAGAGAGAAAUAUUUUUGACGUAAGCGGAGAUCAAGGGAACAUGUGGAGACAAUUUACUAAUAUCAUGAAAGUUGUGGCACAAUCAAAGGUUUAUAUAGAAGCAUCAAAAGGAACUGGACGGAGAAGUGAUAUUGCAGUUGACGAUAUACGUAUCAGGAUCAUUGGAGAUGAUUCUGCUGACGGGUAUGGCAGAAGUUGGAUGAACGCCAGUCAAAGAUGCAUAAGAAACCUUGGUUCAUAUCCCAUAGGAUCGAGGGAGAUCACCAAUCUUGCUUGUUUGUCAGACGGACCAGAACGCUGGACUGGUGUAAUCAGAGCUAGAAGGAUGGGCUCAGCCACUGAAGAAAGAAUCGAUUCGAGUGAAACAUGCAGAGUGUAUGAGGAAGAAAGUCACGUCUUCGAGUAUGCCUCUGAAGAAUCUAACGGAGUUAUAAGAUUGAUCACCGUUUGUUAUCUUCACCUUUUCAUUGAAACCAAUUUACCGACAUUGGACCAAAGUGAGACACCAUUUAUUGCUGUAACGAUUGUCAUUGUUUUGGCGAUGAUUACCACGAUAACCCUCAUUGUAAUGAUCAUCUACUUCAGACGGAGAAAAGGUUUAAAAUGUAAACAGCAUGACGACGUAUCUGGCACGGAGGUAUUAGAUGUUACGUAUAUGAAUACAGAAGAGACGAUGUCAAUACAAAAUAGCGUUUACACAGAAAAGAAGUCGAAAAAUGUAUCUAUACCAGAAAACAGUGCAAAAUUUGAAAUGGGUGAUUCUAAUGCAGAUGAAAUAUAUGCUAAUCAGGAAAAUAUGCAGUUAAGGACGCGAUUAGAUGAACAGGAUGCAAGAAUGAAGCACGAUGAACAGGAAGAUUACGAUCAUCUCCAUAGCGAAAAAAGUGAAAUGACGUCAACAACAGAUGAUGUGUACAGUCACAUGACCAACAAUCAAAAUAGAGUGACGUCAACAACAAAUGAUGUGUAUAGUCACAUGAACAACAAUCAAAAUAGAGUGACGUCAACAACAGAUGAUGUGUACAG